AUGAAGGGAGUAUAUCAAUUGACCUUUUUAGUAUCAUUUUAUUUCAACGUAGAGCAUUAAAAUGUUCGGUGAGAGAGUGGGACGUGUCACUGGCAAGAGUCUAGAAUGCGCCCAUGGUUUUGUUGUGAAGUGGAAUUGAACGUGCAAUGUUGUUUAGUGCGUAAAUAUACUACCACAGGUAAUAUCAUAUCAGUAGGCGUUGACGGUUACACCGAAUAGUUUUUUCACCCUCUGACAGUAUCAUGGAUCGGCAUGUAACGGUGAGGAAACCUAGCCGGAGCGACGAAGUUGUUGACGAAGAUGAGCAGCUGCGAAUCGCCAACCAGGUCAAAGCUUUGUUCGAUGCUCAAGCACCUAAAAGACUCCCAAAACCUAACCGAAGUGAACCUGAUUCACUUACUCCGACGUCAACUUUAGUACAGGAUUUCCCUAUUCCUCAACUUGACAAUCUCCGAUCUCUUCAAUCUCAGGGUGGUUGUAUUUUUUCGGGAAGUAAUUGCUCGGAGCAAGAAGAGUUUGUGGAAACUCAGUACUACAAUGAGUUGGUUUCCAUCGACAAACAACAUCACACGACUGGAAGUGGUUUCAUAAAGGUGGUCAAUCAAACGAAUGGAAACAUUUACAAUCUUCAAUUGAAUGGUGUUCAUGAGAAUGGCAGAGCCAAAGAGUUGAAGACUAACCCGGCGACAAACGAUUGGAUUCCCUGCAGUGAAGAUUAUCAGGUUGGAUUCACCUCCUCAAAACCGAGCCGGAGCGAAAGUGAUUAGUUGACAAAGUCAAGAAAGCAAUCAGAUGGUGAAGGUGGUUUGUUCUGUUUUCCUGAAUUUGUUUGUUAAAUCUUGACUGAUAUUGGAGAGAGAAAUGAGAUAUGAUAUCACUGCUAUGGUGUUAUUAUUUUAGAGGAAGACGUGGAGGUCGAGGAUUAGCAUUGUAGAAGGUAGACAAGUGUCGUAUGUUUGGUAUUGCCUAGUUUUUUCUUUCUCCGGUAUGUAUUAAUAUCCGUUGUUGUUGUGUUGUCUCCUUUUCUCUCUUACUUUACUUUGAAUUGUAUGCAUCAAUCGAUCAACUAUUAACUGUUUCUCAGUUGCAUAUUAGUGGAGACAACUUUUAUGCCGCUAGAUUGUGUGUACUUGACUGUUCCACACUUCCACUGAACUUGAUUGUGUGUACUUAACAAUUCUAUGGAUACUAUAAUCUUUUGUAUUUA